UCGCUAUACCAUAAAUCCAUUAGUCUCAAAGAUAAAAGCUAAUAGUGUCCCUCUCUCAUGCUUCCUACUACAAAUAAUUAAUUAAUUAAUUAAAAGAAAUUAUGGCGCCGGAAACGAACAAGGCGAGUGGCAGCGGAGGUGCAACCGAAAACGAUGCGCCGGUGAAGGCGCCGCCGUCGAAGAAGAAAGAGGAGAAGAAAGACGACGAUUUAUCGGAGGAGGACUUGGCAUUGAAGCAGCAAUUGGAGUUGUAUGUGGAAAGAGUUCAAGAUCCUGAAGCUGGAGUUCAAAAGCUUGCUCUUGAGAGUUUGAGACAGGAAAUUCGAAGCUCAACGAGUUCAAUGACUUCAGUUCCAAAGCCAUUGAAGUUUCUUCGACCACAUUAUGGAACCUUAAAAGCACAUUAUGAAAAAAUGUCUGAAGCCGAUCUGAAGAAAUACUUGGCAGAUAUACUCUCAGUUUUGGCGCUGACCAUGUCUGCAGAGGGAGAACGGGAAAGCUUAAAAUACAGAUUGUUGGGUUCAGAGGGUGAUAUUGGUUCAUGGGGCCAUGAGUAUGUAAGGAAUUUGGCUGGAGAAAUUGCUCAAGAGUACACAAAGCGACAGAGUGAAGAGGCCUCAAAUGAUGAUCUGAUUGAGCUUGUACAACAGAUUGUUGCAUUUCACAUGAAGCACAAUGCUGAACCUGAAGCUGUGGACCUUUUAAUGGAGGUUGAAGACCUUAAUAUUUUAAGUAAGUAUGUGGACAAAACAAAUUUCAAGAGGACUUGUCUCUACCUUACCAGUGCAGCAAAAUACCUUCCUGGACCAGAUGAUUUGGUAGUUCUGAAAAUAGCAUAUGAGAUAUAUAUAAAAUUUACGGAGUAUGCAAGCGCACUUCAGAUUGCAUUAUUCCUUAAUGACUUGCAGUAUAUCAAGCAGGUCUAUACUUCUUGUGAUGAUGUGCAGCAAAAGAAACAAUUUUCUUACAUCCUUGCUCGACAUGGUACUGCUUUUGAACUUGAUGAUGAUAUUGCUUCAGAUGAUAUAGACAGAGAAGUAUUGGAGGAAAUAAUCAACAACACCAAAUUAAGUGAGGGUUACCUUACCCUUGCUCGUGAUAUUGAGGUCAUGGAGCCCAAAUCUCCUGAAGAUAUCUAUAAGGCACACUUGCUUGAUGGCCGGGCUAGUGCUGGUGCUAGUGUUGAUUCAGCCAAACAGAAUUUGGCUGCUACAUUUGUUAACGCAUUUGUAAAUGCAGGUUUUGGACAGGAUAAGUUAAUGACACCUCCAACAGACUCUUCAAGUGGUGGUUCAGGAAAUUGGCUUUUCAAGAAUAAAGAACAUGGGAAGACCAGUGCUGCAGCAAGCCUGGGUAUGAUUUUGAUGUGGGAUGUUGACUCUGGGCUCGCUCAGCUUGAUAAGUAUUUCCACAGCAAUGACAACCAUGUGAUUUCUGGUGCCCUACUAGGGGUUGGAAUUGUCAAUUGUGGUAUCAGAAACGACUGUGAUCCUGCCUUGGCACUUCUUGAUGAUUUUGUUGAUAAAGAAGAACCAUCUAUCCGAAUUGGUGCAAUAAUGGGGCUAGGAAUUGCAUAUGCUGGUACUCAGAAUGAGCAGAUAUGCAGGAAAUUGUCCCUGGUGCUUAAUGAUGCAAAAGCUCCACUUGAUGUAAUAGCAUUUGCUGCGAUCUCAUUGGGCUUGGUUUGUGUGGGUUCCUGCAAUGAAGUGGUUGCACAUGCUAUUAUCUUGUCGUUGAUGGAGAGGAGCAAAUCAGACUUGCAGGACCCCCUUACUCGAUUUUUGCCACUUGGCCUUGGUCUUCUAUAUCUUGGGAAGCAGGAAAGUGUGGAGGCCACAGCAGAAGUGUCCAAGACAUUUGAUGAGAAAAUAAGAAAGUAUUGUUAUAUGACACUGCUUUCCUGUGCCUAUGCAGGCACUGGGAAUGUUCUUAAGGUUCAAAACCUUCUUGGUCGUUGUGCUGAAAUCCUUGAGAAAGGUGAAACUCACCAGGGACCAGCUGUGCUUGGGAUUGCUAUGAUAGCAAUGGCUGAGGAGUUGGGCCUUGAAAUGGCAAUUCGCUCAUUGGAACAUCUGUUGCAAUAUGGACAGCAGAAUAUCCGUAGAGCAGUUCCUUUGGCCCUUGGACUCCUCUGUAUAUCAAACCCUAAGGUUAAUGUUAUGGACACAUUAAGUAGACUUAGCCAUGAUACAGAUUCAGAAGUUGCAAUGGCUGCGGUUAUUUCCUUAGGUUUGAUGGGUGCUGGAACUAACAAUGCUCGCAUAGCUGGAAUGCUUCGCAAUCUUUCCAGCUAUUAUUACAAAGAUUCCAGCCUUCUUUUCUGUGUGCGAAUUGCCCAAGGCCUGGUACACUUGGGGAAGGGCUUAUUGACCCUCAAUCCAUAUCAUUCUGAUCGCUUCUUACUAUCACCGACUGCACUUGCUGGUCUAAUAACAAUGCUUCAUGCCUGUCUUGAUAUGAAAGCGAUCAUUUUUGGGAAAUAUCACUAUGUCCUCUACUUCCUUGUUCUAGCAAUGCAGCCAAGAAUGUUGUUGACAGUGGAUGAGAAUCUGAAGCCUUUACCUGUACCUGUUCGAGUGGGACAGGCAGUUGAUGUUGUUGGUCAAGCAGGAAGACCCAAGACCAUUACUGGUUUCCAGACCCACUCAACCCCAGUUCUUCUAGCUGCUGGUGAUCGGGCUGAACUGGCUACCGAGAAGUAUAUUCCUCUUACAGCCAUUCUUGAAGGGUUUGUCAUAUUGAAGGAGAACCCAGAUUACAGAGAAGAUCAGUAGUUGCUCACAGAGACUUCUAUAGAGCUUAUUCAAUCAAAUACGAAUUGUAGACCUUGCCUGAUUACCUUGGGAUUUUCAGCCAGGUUUGAAUUUGUAUGCACGUCGCAUGUCAACUUCUGCCAAUCUUUCUUUCUCCAGUAUAUUAGCAAACAUUGUGGAUUAGUGGAGACAAUUGCGCACUCUGAAAUCUAUGAAGAGGGAGAACAUAACCCAAAUGCAUGGCAACUCUUGACAAGUUUGCUUAAUUUAUGGAAAACAGGGUUUCAUGUUUGUGCUAGAUCUACAAUUUUUUUCCACCUUGUUUUUGCAGAGUGCUUUUUAAUGAGGUUUGCAGCAAGUUCCAAAUGCUUGUAUUAUAACACUUUAUUUCUGAUUUUAUAUAGAAAUGAACUGCAUAAACUGUAUACUAAA